AGCACUGGCUACCUUCGUGCCCAACUUGACUGUACUCACUGACGCUACGGGAGUCCGCGGCCGGCAUCGGCUCAGUUGGCAGCAGAACGCACAGCGACAAGCAUCAGUAUGUCCAAUAUAUCCAAGGACGAGCUCCGUAAGGAGAUCACCGCUAUCCUCAAGGAUGCUGAUCUCACAACCAUGUCUGCGAAGAAAGUCAGACAGCAGAUCGAAGACAAGAUGGGCAUCGAUCUUACAGAAAGGAAGAAGGAGGUGGACGAUUUGGUAAUGGAAUGUCUGCAAGAGAAGCCCGAGGGGAAUAAGAAGAAGAAGAAGGCAGCUAGUGAGGAGUCCGAAGAUAACGAGGAGGAGGAGGAGGAGGCAUCCGAGGAAGAAGAGGAAGAAGAAGAAAAGAAGCCCGCCAAACGAGGACCAAUCAAAAAGAACAAGAGCAAACGUAGUAAGAAGGGAUCGUCCGAUGAUGAGGAAAGUGCUAGCGAUGACGAUGCCAGCGAUGAGGAGUACAGUCCCAAGAAGGCUAAGUCCACGCCUAAGAAGACCAAGCCCGGUAAAAAGGGUAAGAAGAAGGGAAGUGACAGCGAUAGCGACGAGGAUUGGACCAAAAACAAGAAGAGUACCGGAUCACCAAAGAAAGGUGCUCCUAAAGGAAAAGGUGGCGGAUAUACACGCGCAAUCACGCUAUCUCCAGACCUAGCAGCUGUCGUAGGAGCUGAGCAAAUGGCUCGACACGAAGUCGUAAAGAAGAUCUGGAGUAUCAUCAAGGAGAGAGAUCUUUAUGAUCCGAAAAACAAGCAGUUCGCAAUCUGCGAUGACGAACUGAUGAAGGUAAUUGGCGUGAAACGCUUCAGGACCUUCGGGAUGAUGAAGUACCUCAAACACCACUUUGUAGACUAAGUCGUCGCGAAUCAUCAGAUCAGGUUACAUACACUAUAUAACAUAUUCCACAAAGUAACACGCAUCUCUCUUAAUCUUCUCACAUGAUACAUGCAUAUACAUACACAUUUACACACGA